UGUGUAUCGGUGUGGGUUCGGUUCAACCUGCUUAAGCACUUGACUGAGAGAGCAGUUAGUAAGUCAGUGGUGGUAAGAGCGAGUCGACUUAGUCUUGCACAGGUAUUCCACUGGAUUGCGUGUGUUCAUCACCAAGUGGGUCACUUGGACGUGCGCAUUUUUGUGUUUGUGCAUUUCUGGAUUGUUCCGGGAACCGAAACAGGUGUAAAUAUGUGAAUUAUGGCCACGAUUGAUAGUGGGACGGAGACGCUCUUUUCCGACGACUCCUCGUGUGAGCUGUUGGGCUCACCGAGCGUUUGCUAUGGGGACGAAGGACAAUUCGAGGAUAACUGUUCGGAGGUCAACAGACUUGCGCCUCCGAACAUACAGCCGUUUAGUGGCGUUUUGGAAAAGGGUAAGGUAGUGAUUCGACCGAUCGCUUUUAAACCUGCAGCCAUGACACCUGCGGCAAGAUUCGGUUUAGCAGGAGAACGAUACGGAUCAACGCCUAUCCUCACAAGACCCGGUUCGCGCCUGACUCUGUAUGGAAGCACCAAUGAUUUGCGACAGCCCACCGCAACUUCAAACUAUUCCCUCGACCGAAAAUUGCGCUCCUCGUGUCCUUCGGCCUCCUCCUCUUCGCCGCCGCUUGCCAUGAGCUCCCUGACGUCGCUUCCGCAUAAGCUCGUCAAUUACGACAGCCUGGAAAGCGUGAGGAAAUCGCCCGUUUCGACAGCCGAUGGCUCGAUGAUGAACAAAGCGUCGUAUCGUCUAUCGGGCGCGGGCGGCGGAAGUCUCCUCGACCUGACGCCGUCUCCAUCCGACUCAGGAGUGUCCGAACUGGAGGCGGCGCUGCGCGACAGAGACUCCGAACUCGCCUACCUCCGCCAAACGAUGGAGCACAACGAGCAAGUCAUUUUCCGCGUCUACCAAGAGAAGGAAAAGGUCUGGGAGCGCGAACUCAGAAGACUCAAAACGGUCCACGAAAACAGACUGAGAACCAGCGCUCAGAAGGCGCUCAAACUCGAGCAGAUGCUCAUGAUGCAGACCUACCAGCUGCAACAGGACAAGAAGCGGCUCUGUGCCGAGACACAAAGGGCCAAUUGCCAAAGCGAGAGGCUCAAGCAGGAGGUGAACGCGCUCAGGGGGCGUCUGGAGGAGACCGAAUGGGGGCUCUGCCAAAAAACCGGCGAGAUUUCACUCUUAAAGUCACAGUUGAAGGAUUAUCAAAACGAGCAAACCGCCAAAUGCCAGGAGCUCCUCCAACUCCGCACAGAACACCGCGACUUCCGCGAACAACUGGACCAGCGUGAGGCGGAAAUCUCCGAAUUACGACACCAGUCGGAGGAAAAAGACGCCGAAAUUAAGCUUCUGAAGGAACAGCUUGCAAGGUUGGAGAACAAAUCGCCAACUAUCGAUGAUCUCAAGGAAGAAAUUCGCGGGUUGCGUGAGGAGCUCUCUGACAUGUCCCUCAGCGAGUAUGGAAGUGUCGAACCAGGAAGAUCGCAGCGGAUAUCGCAGGAAGACCUCGAAAUCGAGUGUUCCUGUUCGAGUUUAGCGAAACUGAAGCAAGAAAUUGCCUCGAAAACGAAAGAUUUUGAAAACGAGAGGGUGGUUUGGGCGCAGGAAAAGGAGAAAGUGUUGCGGUACCAGAGGCAAUUGCAGAUGAAUUAUGUGCAGAUGUAUCGGAGAACGCGAGCUUUGGAAGCCGAAGUUGAGAGUUUGACGAUUGAACUCGAGUUGGACAAAACUGGGAAGAAGCAACUACCUGGCGGUGAUUUGACACAAACUAUCGAACUGUAGUAUUUUUUCUCGUGUAGAUUGCUUUGUCUACAUUUUGAGUUAAAAGUAUUCAAGUUAUCUUUGCAGUAGAAACAUGAUUAUUGUAGUUUUAAGGAUGACAUGUGAUUUUCUUUUUCAUUAUUUAUUACCUACUCAUUGUAAAUAAGUAUUAUCACUGAAGCUAUUUACGUAAUUUUUACCAUUAUUCCUAUAGGUUCUAGUAUUUAACAUUGUUACGUGUAUAUACAAAUAAAAGUGUUAUCUAAA